UGUCCGUAUAAGAGACCAAGCCUAUUUUCUGCUCAUUGUCAUUUUUACCGCUGACAGCUUCACUGAAACAUGGAAUUUUGUUCAAAACUGUUAAUCUACGUCUUCCUUGCAAAUUCGUUUGCUAUAUUAUGUCUUGGUCAGUUCGAAAACAUGGGUAUGCUAGCAUUAGCUGGAGGACUUGGCGGAGGAGGCAUGGGUACUGGAAGUAUGGGUAUGGGUGGAGGAGCUUUCAGUGCGGGUUUAGGUAUGUCUAUGGCAGGGAUGUCGCCGGCAGAGUAUGCAGUGCUUGAUAAUGCUGUUAAAUCAGUAGUAGGUCCUCACGCCAGUCCAGAUAUGGCUCUCAUUACAUACGCCGAGCGGCAAGGUGGAGUUCCAAGAAAUGUUUUCCAGAUGAUGGGAUAUAUUCCCUUCUUGCAAAACCUUGCCCGUACUGUUGGGCUACAGCCAACUGCAGGUUCUGGCCAGACUGGCACUGGAACAAAUCAGGCACUGAACACAGAUGCUAUCGUAAUGCAGAGAGCUGUGCAAUGGAUGCAAAGGAAUGGGCUCAUGGGGCAAGCAGUCGCACCUUUGUUUUAA